AUGGUAGCCAAAACACCUAUGCAGGGGUCACACUGUGACGACUUAGUAGAAAUAUUCAAGCAACUCCGAGCAUAUAACAUGAGGCUCAAUCCAGACAAAUGUGCGUUCGGAGUUCAAGGAGGGAAGUUCCUUGGAUUCAUGUUAACGUCUCGAGGAAUCGAGGCCAACCCAGAAAAAUACAAGGCCAUUCUGAACAUGGCAAGCCCAAAAACGGUAAAGGAAGUCCAGCAACUCGCAGGACGAAUCGCUGCUCUAUCACGUUUUCUACCUGCAGUGGCAAACCGAUCUUAUCACUUUUUCCAGACAUUCUCUAAAGGCAGGAAGUUCAGCUGGACAGACGAAUGUGAGAAUGCUUUUACCGAACUCAAACAACACCUAACAUCACCACCAAUCCUCCAAAGGCCCGAGACAGGUAAGCCACUGUAUUUAUACCUAUCAGUAUCUAACCAUGCUAUAAGCUCGGUUUUAGUAACAGAAACAGGAAGAAAGCAAAACCCAGUAUACUUCAUCAGUAGGGUACUACAACCAACAAAAACACGAUACCCGAAGAUAGAACAACUGGCGCUAGCACUAAUCACCACAGCAAGAAGACUGCGGCAGUAUUUCCAGAGCCACACAAUCAUAGUACGAACGGACCAACCACUAAGGCAGAUAUUAACCAGACCCGAGCUCGCCGGCAGAUUGACAAAAUGGUCGGUCGAGCUCUCCGAGUUCGACAUCCAAUACGAAUCAAGGAAAACACUGAAGUCACAGGUGCUAGCCGACUUCAUAUCGGAGAUGACUAACGACACACAUAAUACAGAGGUCAGUUGGAGCAUACAUGUGGAUGGAGCGUCAAACAAAGAAGGCAGUGGAGCAGGGAUACUACUAAAAGAAGGAGACAAAGUGGUGGCCGAGCAGUCACUACAGUUCCGUUUCAAUGCAAGCAACAAUCAGGCAGAAUAUGAGGCCCUACUUGCUGGACUAAAGCUCGCCCUACAACUACAAAUACCUCGAAUAACAGCCUACUGCGACUCUUCGUUAGUGGUACAUCAAAUAAAGGGCGAAUUCCAGGUAAAAGAUCCUUUGUUAGAGAAAUAUUGGCUCAUAACAAAGGAUCCAAUUUCAAAAUUUAAAGAAUUCGAUAUUAUUCAUGUAAACCGAGAACAAAACACUAGGGCCGACGUAUUAUCUAAGUUGGCCACAACUCGGCAAGUCGAAAACACAUCGGCACUGUCCCAGUUAACACUUGACAAACCAAGUUUUGAGCAGGAUACAAUUUUGAGCAUUACACAGGCCCCAGAUUGGCGAACACCUUUUCUCGAUUACAUCAACACAGGCACCAUUCCAAAAGGUGAGCCAAACUUGCCGCUCUUCAGAAGAAGAGCAAGCUUCUAUACAAUGCUCGGAAACACCUUAUAUAGGCGAGGACAUUCACAACCACUGCUCAAGUGCAUCAGCAGAGAGGAAGCCGAGGAGGUUAUGGCUGAAACGCAUGAAGGAGUCUGUGGAAACCACAUCGGCGGCCGAGCAUUAGCAGCAAAGAUCUUGCGAACAGGAUACUAUUGGCCGACGAUAAAAUGGGACUGCAUCACAAAGGUCAAAACAUGUGAUAAUUGUCAAAAGCAUGCCACCCUCUCAGAGACCCCAGCCGAGGAGCUCCAUACCAUAGAGGUAAGCUGGCCUUUCAAUAGAUACGGUAUCCCAAGAGAGAUAAUUUCGGAUAACGGGAGACAAUUCACAGAUCAUAAGCUCGCCACCUUUCUGACAAAUUUCAACAUCAAACAUCACUUCAGCUCAGUAGAGCACCCGCAGACUAACGGACAAGUUGAAUCAGCUAACAGAAUUAUUUUGCAGGGAUUAAAGAAAAAGCUCGGCGAAGCUAAAGGAGAGUGGGUCGGCCUCAUUCCAGAAAUUCUAUGGAGUUACAACACCAGCAUUCAAUCUGCCACAGGGGAAACUCCCUUCAAAUUGGUAUACGGCGCAGAAGCGCUCAUUCCAGUAGAGGUCAGCGUCCCAACCUUAAGGACCGAGCUCUAUAACCAAACAAAUAAUCAACAAGCCCGGACAGCCGAAUUGGACCUUGUAGAAGAAGACAGAGACAUUUCCGCCAUAAAGCAACGAACAGAAAAUGCUCGAAAACCACCAGCACAUGGCAAAUUAGCGGCAAAUUGGGAAGGCCCUUUCCGAGUUCUUCAAAACCUCGGAAAUGGGGCUUACAAACUAGAAACCCUCAGCGGAGAACAGCUAUCAGGAACAUGGAAUAUCUCCUCCCUAAGGAAAUAUCAGUCAUAG